AUGUACCUGUAUGCUAUCCAAGUAAGAAUCUGGGGCGCUCAGAUGAGAUUCCAAACUCCUUGCCAAGGCGGUACAAGUCCUGUUAAUGUUAAGAAGCGUCGCGUCGGUUGGGCAGGGAAGAAUUAUGCCGGUGCAAAGGCUUCUGAAGAUCACAAAAAGUUUCCUACAGUCCCUGAGCACUUUCACCAUAUUUGGUUGAUUAGAGUACCACUGCGUGGCAAGGGUGAGGCCAUGGAUGAACGUGUCCGCCCACUUCCAAAAACGAACGUGAAACUUGCGCCAAGAAAGUUCAUCCCGGGAAAAACCGCAAUCAAUCCAGAAUCCGUCUUGCCCGCUCUUCUUUGCCGUCUGGCCCCUUCUGGCUCUACUACUCGCCUGAAUCACCUCUCUCGAGAUGUCCACAACGAUUCUCAAAAAACACCUAAGCGAAUCGCCUCCCUCCUUGAUGCAAUUGCCUCAAUCAGCGUGGAAAAUCCUAAGGGCGAUGUUGUCGCUGUUGCUCUUGACAGCGGUGAGGACUCGUCGAUCUUUGUCGCUUCGAACACUGGCGUGUCGACACGGCUUGUUGCCCAUCUUACAUCCGUGUGGGCCUUGCUCUGCCAGAUCAGCAAGGCAGUCCCAGCGGAUCAGGGAUCGCCUACCCUGGUGAACGAGAUUUUCCGCAACGACGACAUCAAAGAACUUGAACGGCGACUCACCAUCCAGGUCUACCGGUUUUCUUGGCGCAAGUUUUAUGCUCGUUUUUCGAAGCGAGUGGACGUGUUCAUUCGUAGCCUCACUCUUGUCACGAAGUGGUACUCCGAAAAACCACAGUUGGUGGAGGAACACAAGCGCUGCAGCAAUCUUCUUCGAAUUUUCCAAAACCUUCGCAAGCGCAUCGUUCUUUCUUGCCCAGGCGAUGCAGAACUUCUUCGCAUCCACGAGUAUAUUAUCACCCUGACAAGGAGCUUGGAACCGCAUCUGAGCGCCCCAUAUUCUUACUUGGACACUAUCCAGCGCGGCAUUGACAUUCAUCUGGAUCCUGGCACCUUCCUUCCUGUACGACGCUACCUCGAAAAAGUCCUCUCACUCACGCGCUCUGGAUAUGCAUUAUUUCUGGCGGCUCAUUCUCGAAAACUCAGACCAUUCCUCUCGAGGCCUCUUAAGCAGAAGAUUCCUACGCAGUUCUCCGAGCUCUCAGACAACCUCCGUGACAUGGUGCUGGACGAAGAGUGGAAAAAUAGGAUGGUCAAGCCGUUAGGGGCAGCAUUGCAGAAAGAGAAGAACUCUGCUAUCAAGGCGGACAAACGCGGAUUAUCUGGACACGCACGCGUCCACUAUGAAUGCUUGCUCGUCGCACACUUUGUGAAGAACGCGGCAUCUCUUCGACCAUACGACUAUAUCGGAUUAUCAAAGCUCUUGUGUUAUGGAUGCCACAGCUACUUCCGCGCAUACAAUAUCACCCACCCGACCAUGAGGUUUUACGCCAGAGGCACGCAUAGAAAAGUCUAUAUUCCAUGGGUGCCACCUACUCUCGAAGACGGAAGUUAG